GCUCUGUCGCCUGCUCUAUCGACGACAAAUAUCGUAGUAUCCUAAACCCGCGUGUGUCUCAAUCACCAGAUUUCCUCUACCCACACGCAAACAGCGUUCGAGAACCCAACAAAAAACACGCAUCACGUGGUGCACUAGACACGUUCAAUUGUCCGAAAGCGAACGGGCUAAUAAAGAACAGUAAUAAAGGUAGACGCCGAUCAAGUCGUACCAUCAGUACCGCUCCUGUGUGUCCCCCCUUAGGCGGUCGACAGGUACGUUUAUUUUUCAUUUCGCGUGGUACCUGGGCUGCUGCGAUAGGGGUUGUUGAAGCUGUGCGGGGGAUGUAAAAAUUGUAGAGCAGGCUGUGUUAUUGCGGAUGUUCGUUGUUAUUGUUCAGUCUAGAUAGCCAUGGAUAGGACUGGUAGUGAAAUUAGUUGGAACCACGAUGAUGAUGCUGGGGGUACCACCAGAUCGCCGGAUGUUAUUGGAGAAGGGGGCCAAUUUACCGUGGCAGUAUUUCUUGUGGUCGCUGUGGUCGCCAUCACCCUUCUGUUUGCCCUAGGGAUCUUCAUCGAUUGUCGACAUCAGAAAAUCGACGAUGAAGAGCAACAACGCAAGCAAAACCAAAGGAGGUUAAGAUUGAAGUUGCCAAAGCUGAAUAAAAAAGUACCCAAGAGAGAUGACAAAGACUGCAUUGUAGAAAAUAUGGAAGAGAAUGAAGCAUCUACCUCAAACGCUAUAGUCUAAUUACUUAUAUGGAUUUUAUUGAUAUAUGAAAGCCACUGAUAUAUUAUUUUAUCAUUUAAUUUCUAUAAGUUGCAAAAUGUUUAUGUAAAUACUAGUAGUUGUAUAUAAACUAGAAUAAAAGAUGGAUAUAUUGAGUGUUAA